UUUUGUUUACAGUCGGUUUCAUGUGACGUGUAUGCAAAAAGGUUUAUUUCUCACGUCUAUAUACACACGUGUGCCCUGAGAUUGACUGGUGACCAGUUCCGGGCAUAACCCGCCUCUUGACCCAAAGUCACCCUUGACUCAAAUGAGGAAAAGCACUAUAAAAAAUGGAUGGAGGGGGAAAAGUGCUGCUCUUAUAUUGGAAUCAUAUAGUCCAGGUGUACCUAAUGGAGUGUCCUGCUUGCACGUUGGUGAAGCUUUCUCUUGAUGUAUGUAGGCUUGCUGCGACGAGGGGCAUCACCGUUCCGUGCCGGGAGGUUCUGAAAGUCAACGUUAAACAGACCUGCGACGACAUCAUGAACUACAUCCUGGAGCAGGUCCCGCCCCCUCAGCCCAGCCUGCCGCGGCCUCGCUUCUCCCUCUACCUGUCCUCCCAGCUCCAGUACGGCGUGGUGGUGGUCUUUCACCGCCAGUGUGUCAUCCUUCUACAGGAACUCCAGUCCAUUGUUGGCAAGCUGUUGAAGCAUAUAGGGUCCAAGAAGCUCGACAUGGAAGAUCCGGGCAGACAAAGGCUCUUAACGGAUGGUCUGGCUCACCUGGAUGAGACUGAGGUGCCACUGGACCCUUUCUUUGGAGUGAUGGACGAGUUCAUGCCGAGUCCCAGCGCUCUGAUGCGGAUGGCAGAAACUCCUGAGCGACGGGCCUCUCCUCCGAAACCUGAACCAGCUCGGACACCCUCGAUUUCACCAAUGAGCAGAAUCACCGCAUCUCCACAAAGGAUCACCAUGAGAGAGCCACCCACUGCCUUCUCUGUGCCAGAGUUUGUAGGCCAAGAUCUGGAAGACAACGUUACGGAUACAGUUGACAUUCUGAUGGCCCAACAUGACGACUACCUGGAGGAUCUGGUGAGGCCUGAGGCGACUCCUGCAGCAGAAGCAGAGAUGGAGCGAGAGAGGGGACCAGACAAGGAGCCAGAACCUGGGAAAGAGAGCACAGCCACAACGCUCGAAGUGGAUCCCACAACUGUGUCCAGCGGGGAGCCCACCUUGCUCCCCCAGGAUGGGCCCCUGGGGAUGCCUCACCCCCUGGCUGAUCAGCAGACCCCCGUGUCCGCCCCCCCGCUUUCCUCACCGUCACCAGCGGCUGCAGCGCGGGAACCAGCAAUUCCAAAGAUGAAGGCUGCGCCCCACCCAGAGGAGACGGACCCGAAGAGGAAGAGGCCGAGGAAGACGGGGAGGCAACUGAUCUUCUCGGACCCAGAGACGCAGAUUCCCCGUGAGGAGCUGGACCAGCAGAUCAGGGACUCCCUGUUCGAGACCAGGAUGCGGCCGUUCCCCCUUGCUGAGUCGCAGAGGUUGAAAACAGCUAGUGAGCUGCUCAGCGAGCCCUUUGGGGUCUUACCCGAAGAGUUGUUGUUGCUAUGGAGACAGGCCGCCACCAUUACGCCUAUCGCCAGCACUGCGCUUUGGCCGGGUGAUCGAGGCGUGGAGUCCAGUGAUUCCGAGCGAGAGCGAGAGAUGUUGGAGGCGGCUGAGAGGGAAGAAGGGGGACCUGACGUCAGCGCUGCUGAGGUCCCUAGAGAUGCAGCAGAAUCCGAUGCACUCGUGAUGUCAGCUCUUAGUUCACUUCCAUUGGAGGCGUCCGACCAAAGGGAGGUUCCUCGAGAGGUCUCCCCCAUGUAUCCAUCAGAUCAAGAUAGUUCCAGAUCUGGCGCCCCACUGCAGGAUAUCACGGAACUGUUGGGAAGAACAACAGAGUCUCUCGGGCCGUUGCUGGAGUUGGAAGAACAAGAGGAGAAAGCUGUGCUUUUUCGCAGUCUCCUUCCGCCAGAUGCUGACCGCAGGAGUGUCAGCAACAUUUUCCAGAAGCUCCUUGUGAUUUUGGCGACCAGGAAGUUGCUUGCGGAGCAGAUGGAGCCAUAUGAGGACAUCUUGAUCUUUCCUGGCCCCAACUACGAAGCGGAACCUCUGUCUUUGUGAAACCAGCAACUGUUGUUCAGUCUGUUCAUACUCGUUAUUAUAGAGGCCAAACACUUUUUCACAUUUUUAAAAAUGCAACUGUUGUACUGUUCUGUUUGUGGAUAAUAAUCGCAGCAGCCUGAAGUUCCCAAUGAUUCUUGUCAGUUGUUUUACAGGGCAAACAGUUUUCAAAAUUUUAAACCAUGUAACCGUUGUACUGUUCUGUUUGUAGAUAAUCGCAGCAGCCUGAAGUUCCCAAUGCUUCUUGUCAGAUGUUUUACGGGCCAAACAGUUUUAAGAAAAAAAUCAACAAAUGGAACAGUACCGUUGCGUUUUUACAUAUUCACAGCACAGUGGCCUGACCUUACUACUAAUAGUCCCUUGUUGUACAGGCCAAACAGUUUAGCAAAAAAGAAAAUGUAACAAUUGUACUGUUGUGUUUUUGCAUAUUCACAGCGGCCCCGACCUUCUCAAUAAAGCAAGUUAAACA